AUGGCUUACUGUUGCGUGCCCGGAUACACGUCGAACGCAAAGAAGGAGACAGGAGAAGCUUUUCACGAGAUACCUUCAAACCAGUCACUGAGGGAAAAGUGGCUGCGAGCCAUAUCACGGGAUGGAUGGACACCUAACAGUACGUGCAACUACUCCACUGUCUGCAGCAAACACUUCCUGCCGUCAGACUACAAGGAAGGACUGAAAGUGCGAAGACUGAAAAAUGAUGUAAUCCCCAGCGUGUUUCCUUCAUACCCGGCGUACAAGCAGCCACGUGCCACGAAGCCUCGUAACGAUUCGAGCAUUCGGAAGCGAGCGUGCGCCGCGGACAAGCCAAGAGUGCCAUCAAAGAAGCGAAAGAUGAAUUUCGCAGAGAGCAGUCCAGUUCUUGUCCCAAACGAAAAAACUGCCUCUUUGCCUCAGCCCACUACCGUCAAAGAUCUCCAUGUUAGCUGCACUGGUGAGCAGGCACUGGAGGUGAUCCAGCACAACGAACACGAGGUAGCUAUGGAGACCCAGCAGAGACUGGUAUUUCCUCCUCAUUCAAGCAGCGUAGAAGCAGAUGUCAUGAAAAUGAGUGAGAUUGCUGUCCAAGGGUUCCAUAGUGACCUCAGUGAUGACCAGGAGGGAGGAAGCUCUCAUUCUGCACUCGAGAUGAUCAAGCACACCGAACACAAUCCUCAGACGGAAGCCCAGCAGAGACCCGCAUUUGCUCGUCGUUCAACCGGCAUACAAGUAGAUGUCACAAAAACGAGUAAUGUUGCCUUCCAACAGCGACUACAGCACAGGAGGAAAGAAAGGCAACUGAAAGCAAAGCUUGAGAGGCUAAAACAAACCGUGGAUGCCUACAGGGAAGAGCUAAGAAAGCUAGAAAAUGACGCCUCUGCAUCUGCACUCAGAGAAGUUGUUGAAGGAGCAAAGAAAGAAGAGCCUAAGGCCAUGUUCCUACUUGAUCAAGUGAAGAACUAUAACAAGAAAAGGCCUUCUUGGACAGAGGCUAUACUGUGCAGCAGAGCAUUGUGCUCCGUAACUUGUCAUCAAAAGCUUAUGAGCAUCUUCGGUCAGGAGUGGUCCAGCUGCCCUGCAGGAGUACGCUCAGAAACUACAUUGGACGCUGCACAGGAGAAGCUGGAUUCACCACCCAUGUUGAAGAAAGGCUAA